AGGACCUUAUUGGACUAUUUAAAAUAAAAAAACUAAAAAUUGUCUAAUUUCUAUCCAACUCAAUCUAAAUUAAUUUAUAGUGUUGUAAGCAAACAUCCUUAACUUGGAUUUAUAGUGCUGAAAAACUCCAGAAAAUCGCUUCGUGAUUAAGUAGCUCAUCCCUAACCAAUUUUUGACAGUCAUCCUGAACAGUCAGACAGACGGGAAUUCUGAAAGCAAAAAGCAAAGCAAGGCAAAGCAAAAGGAAAAAUAUUUUCGCAAGACAGCUACUUCCGAUUUGAAUUAAUUUCUUACUCUCUUAAUUACGAUGGCCCCUAAGAAGAUUAGCGCGUUUAUGUUAUUCGUAACCGAGUGGCGGAAAACUAACGACGGUGGUUUUGAAAUGACCAUAGAUCAGGCUGUGGCCCACUGCAGCGAGAUAUGGAAGGAAAUGACAACUCUGGAGCGGGGCCCAUACUGCUCAAAAGCCAAGGAUGCAAACGGUAUGAAUGGCAAUAGGGUGGAACGCCUCAAUUGCUACGGCCAUCCAGUCACCCACGUGGAGCAGGACAAACGACAGGUCGAGGAUCGCGAAAACCUUCAGAAACGCACCAUCGAACGCAUGGUGAUGGACGCCAAGAACUCUGAUGAUUUGGAGAACGCCAAGUUCGUUUUGGUCGCUUUCAAUGUCUUCACCGAAGACGUAAUCCACGAUGUCUAUGUGCCCGCCGAGUUCUCGGCCUGUGAGUUUUCCCUGAAAGAUGGUGUACGCUCCGUAUAUAGCACCCUGAUAGCUCCUGACUCGCUCAUAUUCGGACACGCUAGCGAUGCGAUCCACCACGCAGCGACGACCCACGAGCUUCCACUGCCACCCAGAGCUCUUGGAGAUCGGAAAAUGCUUAACGUCUUUCGGAACAUCCUUGAGUACCUAAAGAAGUGCCAGUGGGAUGACCGAUUCGUAGUCUUUACGCCAUCAAAAGGUAUUCCCAUGGUCACAAAGUGCUUUAGCUAUUUGGGCGAGGGAUGCGGAGUCGAACUAAUAAAGGUCCUUGACCUGCAUUAUUUGUUCUUCAUGCUUAAGAAGGUGGUAAUGGAUGUCGCCGGAUUUCCCGAUCCUGGAAUAAAUAAACACGUGACUGACAUGAUUUUUAAACGGGACACAUUUGAUCUUGCGCCUGAGAUCGCAUGCCAGUACCACGAGGAGAUCGACCGCACCAAGUACUGUACCCAGAGCAUGGUGACCAGAUGGGCCUAUACCUUCUGUGAUUACAUGUGCGGCAACCUGGCCAUCGCCCUUCAGCCUGGAAAGCACAAGCCCCUGUCCAACGAACCCAAUCCGGAUGCCUCGAUCUCCAUUGAGGCCUUCUGGCAAGAGAUACAAUCCCAAGAUACCGAAAUGACCUCUACCAGCCGACCUUUCGUCGCAUCUAGCACCCACGACCCCACUGACCAUACCGCUUUUGCAUCCGAUUUAAAGGAAGAACGGGAGUCUCCCAGGCUCGGCAGGCGUUUUGCCAGGGGACGCAGAACUUCAGGAGGAUCCAGGGAUACAACCCUGCGCGACCCUUUUUACUCGCCCUCCGGAUCGCGGUUCCGACAAGAGAUCCUAUCCCAAGAUACCGAGACGCCCUCCAGAAGCCAACAUUCCGUCGCUUCUAGCUCAAACGUCCCCACUGAUCAUACCACUUUUACAUUCGAUUUAAGUGAAGUACGGGAGUCUCCCAGGCUCGGCAGGCGUUUUGCCAGGGGCCGCAGAACUUCAGGAGGUUCCAGGGAUACACCCACAGGAUCGCGCUUCCGGCAAGAGAUCCUAUCCCAAGGUACCGAGACGCCCUCCAGUAGCCAACAUUCCAUCGCAUCUCGUUCCUACGUCUCCUCUGACCAUUCCGCGUUCGCAUCCGAUUUGAACGAAGAACGGGAGUUCCACACGACCGGCAGGCGUUUUGCCAGGGGACGUAAAAUUUCAGGAGGAUCCAGGGACCCUUUAUACUCACUGCCAGGACCGCGAUCCCGGAAAGAAAACCAUGCUCAAGAUACCGAGGCGCCUCCCAGCAGCCCAACAUUCGUCGCAUCUAGCUCCUUUGCUGCCACGGACCAUACCUCAUUUGCAUCCGAUUUAAACAAAGACCGGGAGUUUCACAUGAUCGGCAGGCGUUUUGCCAGGGGACGCAGAACUUUCGGAGGAACCAGGAAUACAACACUGCGCGACCCUUUUUACUCACUCCCAGGAUCCGGGAAAGAAAACCAAGCUCAAGAUACCGAGACGCCCUCUACCAGCCGACCUUUCGUCGCAUCUAGCUCCAACGUCUCCACUGACCAUACCGCUUUCGCAUCUGAUUUAAAAGAAGAACGGGAGUUCCACAUACCUGUCAGGCGUUUUGCCAGGGGACGCAGAACUUCAGGAGGAUCCAGGGAUACACCCACAGGAUCGCGGUUCCGGCAAGGGAUCCUAUUCCAAGAUACCGAGACGCCCUCUAGCAGCCUACAUUCCGUCGCUUCUAGAUCCUACGUCCCCUCUGACAAUUCCGCGUUCGCAUCCGAUUUGAACGAAGAACGGGAGUUUCACGCGAUCGGCAGGCGUUUUACCAGGGGACUUAGAAUUUCAGGAGGAUCCAGGGACCCUUUAUACCCACUGCCAGGAUCGCGGUCUUGGAAAGAAAACCAAGCUCAAGAUACCGAGGCGCCCUCUAGCAGCCGACCUCUCGUCGCAUCUAGUUCCUUUGUCCCCACGGACCAUACCUCUUUUGCAUCAGAUUUUAACGAAGAACGGGAGUUUCACAUGAUCGGCAGGCGAUUUGCCAGGGGACGCAGAACUUUCGGAGGAACCAGGAAUACAACCCUGCGCGAACGGAACUCAGGGGCUUGGGAUCUACCGACUUCUUCGCACUCUCUUCUGAAGUUAACCGACAAAGAUUUGAGCAAGAAGAAUGCAAACUAGACCUAACUAUUUCUAAUUUAUUUUCCGAUACACCAAAAAUAUCAUUUGAAUAUCUUUGAUACAUUCACAACACAACACCUAGCAGCAGCGCUCUGCAGA